CAUCCAUCUCAUGCAAUAGAGGGCUACAAGCCUAAAAUGCUUAAGGCAAUGCUUCAGGUUAAAGAGCUUACCUUUUCAAUGUCUCAUCAUUAUCCAAUUAAAAAACUGAUUAUUUAUUUGAUAAAAGUAGUCUACUUUAUCCAACUCAAUCAUCACAAGUGAUCACUACACUGCAAACUUUUGUCUUAAAAUAAUCCAUCAAUGGUUUUGCUACCCAUCAUGUCGACCUGUUCUUCCAGCUCCAGCAUCAUGUGCGAUUUCUUCUUUUUACUCCAUAUUUUUCCCACGCCAAUUCCCUUCACUCUUCUGCUCCAAGAUUUCGCCUUUAUGUCUUAACAUGAAGCAUAGUUCAAGGAAUCGACGUCAAACCGAGAGAAGUUGGGCUGAAAUAUUAUGUUUCGGUUGCACGUGCAUACAGCUUUUCUGGCCGCGCGUGGUGGUUCGCAAGUUGCUCAACAUCAGCGCCAAAGAUUCCGAUUACAGCGCCGACACCGAAUCAGAUUUCGAAUCUGAUAUCGAUCAAGCUGGCUUUGUGGAUGCCUGUAAGUGGCCACCGGAGUCGCGGUUUAAAGAUGUCAGAGGAGAUGAAGUUGAAAGUGAUGUGAAAGGUAAAAGCUAAUAUGAACAUCUUAAGUUUAAUUUUGUUCAUAAAGCUUUGUGAUUUAACCUGUAGGUAUUCAAGUAUUGAACUGGCGGAUUUUAAGGUGGUAAUCCUUUUAUAUAUUUUUUGUGAAUUAAUUACUAUCAAUUACUGCCAGAGCAUAGGUGCAUUCCUAUUUCCAAAUGGAAAAGUUUUUUUGUCCGUUGCAUGAAAUAUUUACUAUUACUAGGGAAUGGAUCACCAGGAAUCAUGCAUCUUGUUCUGGCUAUGUUCGUCUAGUAACUAAUAUAUAUACUCUUUCAUUAUUCUUUUCCUCUUCAAAUUAGGCUUUGCGUUUAAUGCUAGUUAACAUUAGUCAGCCAAGCAAAUGCAUAAAGAAAUGAAGUUCACCCAUUGCUUACGGCUGUAAUGCCGUUUCUAGAUCAAGAUACCGUUCUCGGGAUAAGAAGACGAAAGUCAGAGACAUGUAGGGCGCAAUAUAUAAACACCAGGGAGAUUAAAGUAUGUGCUGGUACAUGGAAUGUAGGAGGCAAAGUUCCUCCAGAUGAUCUAGAUCUUGAUGAUUGGAUUGAUACUGGCAAUCCUUCUGAUAUUUAUGUGCUUGGAUUUCAGGAAAUCAUUCCAUUAAAUGCCGGUAAUAUAUUUGGGGCUGAAGAUAGCCGUCCUAUUCCAAAAUGGGAGAACAUCAUUCGAGAAAACCUCAAUAAAAUCCCACCCGAGAAUAAGUUCAAGUCCCAUAGUGACCCCCCUUCUCCAUCGAUGUUUAAGCCAUCUGAAAGUUUUUCUGACAUUGAAGAGGAAAUUGCACCAGAGUUGGACAAUGAUGAUGAUGAGGAAAAGAUUCCUUUACAUGAAGAAUGUAAUGAGUUUGUUGAAGCCAGUGACUUAACUAUAGCACAGAAUGAUGCAAUUGCAAGUGCUCAUGUAUCUGCAUCUAGAGGUAGUCAGGAGUCCACAGAACCAAUCAGACCUGGGGUUGAACGGCUAUUUUCAUCUUCAAAGAGGCUGGAUAGAUUGAAUUGCUUUAGACUUGAAGGCUCUGAAGAAAAUUUAGAAGAAACUAGUAUUCGUCAUGCCAAGAAAUUAACCAAAACCCUUAGUGGAAUACAAAAGAUUGGCCUGAGUUGGCCAGAGCAGCAGCUAGAUUUUCUACCUCACUGUGCUUUAGAGAGACCGGGUUCUUUUAAAUCUAUGAAAUCGCUUAAGGCAUCCAUGUCUUUUGGAGAAUAUUGUUCUCUCAUAUCAACCACACAUGGUCAAAAUAGAAUGCAACCUGAUGCAUCUUUACUUGCAAAACUGGAUCUGAAAUCUUUAAUAAAGCGUAAAAGAAAGACACCAUAUGUGAGGAUAAUAAGCAAGCAACUGGUUGGUAUUUUCUUAACUAUAUGGGUCCGUAGGAGUUUGCGGAAACAUAUACAGAAUUUGAGUGUUUCUACAGUUGGUGUAGGUGUAAUGGGCUACAUAGGCAACAAGGGAUCAAUAUCAGUUAGCAUGUCCAUAUACCAGACUCUGUUCUGUUUUAUAUGUACUCACUUAACAUCAGGUGACAAAUAUGGGGAUGCUGUCAAGAGACAUGCUGAUGUGAAAGAAAUUCACCGAAGGACACAUUUCAAUAGAUACUCCAGUGUCGGCCUUCCUAAAAGUAUAAAUGGCCAUGAGAGAAUAAUCUGGCUUGGGGAUUUAAAUUAUCGAAUUAAUUUAUCAUAUGAAAAGACACUGGGGCUAAUAUCCAAAAAAGACUGGCCUAAGUUAAUUGAGAGUGAUCAGCUGAUCAGAGAAUUCAAGAAAGGACGUGCUUUUGAUGGAUGGUCUGAAGGUAUUUUAAAUUUUCCACCGACAUACAAGUAUGAAAUAAACUCAGACAAGUACCAAGGGGAGGAUCCGAAACCCGGGAGGCGUACUCCAGCAUGGUGUGAUCGUAUUCUUUCAACGGGGAAGGGAAUGCGCCUCCUGAGCUACAGGAGAUCUGAGAUGAGAGUUUCUGACCACAGGCCGGUGGCAGCCACUUAUAUGGUAGAGGUCGAGGUAUUCUCAGCCAGGAAACUGCAGCAGGCCCUUGCUUACACUAAUGCGGAAAUUGAAAACGAGGAGGUAGUAACGUCGGAUGUUGGAAUUGUGAACAGAGUGUGCCAAUUGAACACAGAAGAGGAUGCUUUAUUGUGGAAGCACUAGAGAGGGGAUAAGUGUGGAAGAGGAAAAUAUAUCAGAAACUGAGGGACAUCCCACAAUGUAUAGAUUGGUACUGCAUUUGCUCUUAGGACAGGGUUUCUUUUUGUUUACAUUAUCUCAGUACAAUAAAUUUUCCCGGCUCGAUCGUAAUACUUUUUGUUUAGAAGAAACAACAGUUCUAGGUGUGUAUAGGUUUUCUCUUUUUCGUUUGUACCAGAGAUACUCUUUCCUUGGCUCAAUCCCAUUUUUUUUUGUUUAAAUA